AUGUCUAAUUUGGGAGAUAAUUCGUGUUCCCCAACACCUCCUACUUCUACCUCACAUCAAUCACCAAUUCAGCAAACUCCAAUUCCAACAUCUGAUGAAAAUACAACUCUUUCAUUAAGUGUGACGAAUCAUGGUGCUAAAGUUGAUGAUAGUGGGUAUAACUCAAGUAAGCUAAAAUCAGAAAAAAAACUUGGUGGUGCUUCAAAGAAUGGGACAAGUCAUUUACGUGAGCAUUCAGACAGGUGCAGUAAGCGAUUUCAAAUGGAUAUUCGUCAACAAGUGCUGGUAGCAAAUCAAAGGAAGGUAGAUGGAAAAGUAACACUAAAAAACCUUUCCUUUGAUCAAAAUGUCACAAGGAGGGAGCUUGCCAACAUGAUAAUCAUGCACGAAUAUCCUUUAUCAAUGGUUGAUCAUGUGCAAUUCAGAAAGUAUUCUUACAGUCUCCAACCUUUGUUUGCUAUGCCUUCUCGAAAUACUAUAAAGAGUGAUAUUUUAAAGAUUUUCAAAGAGGAAAAGGCAAAAAUAAUAUCCAAGUUGGAAGCUAAUGAAGGGAGAAUUGCUAUCACAACUGAUAUGUGGACUGCUGAUCACCAAAAAAGAGGAUACAUGGCUGUCACUGCUCAUUACAUUGAUAAUCAAUGGAACUUACAAAAAUGCAUCAUCAGGUUUGAAUAUGUGCCAACUCUACAUACAAAAGAGGUCAUUACUUCAAGUUUGAUGAAAUGUUUCCUAGAUUGGAAUAUUGAUAGAAAACUUUCAUCUAUUACAGUGGAUAAUUGUAGUGUGAAUGAUGGUGUUAUUGAGUUGUUAAUUGAUAGAAUUGGUUGUGAUGCAUUUUUGCUUAAUGGGGCUUUUUUUCAUAUGCGUUGUUGUGCACACAUCUUGCAUUUGAUUAUGAAAGAUGGAUUGAGUGUGAUUGGAGAUGGAAUUGAAAUAAUUCGUGAUAGUGUCCUUUUUUGGGGUGCUACACCAAAGAGUUGGGAAAAAUUUGAAGAGGCAGCGCGUCAAUUGCGCAUUCCAACUUUAAAAAGGUUGUGUGUUGAUGUCAAAACACGAUGGAACUCUACUUAUUUGAUGCUUCGAACAGCUUUGUUUUAUAAAGAUGUUUUUCCUCGUUGUGUGCAAUUACAUGGUGAUCCUUUGUACAAACAUUUACCAACUGAAAAUGAUUGGAUCAUUGCAACCGAGAUUUGUGAAAAGUUGAAAUUGUUUUAUGAUAUCACUGAAGGGUUUUCUGGCACAAAAUAUGCUACUGCAAAUAUUUAUUUUCCUAAUAUUUGCAAAAUCAGAUUGGCAUUGAAUGAAUGGAUUAUGCAUACCGAUAGAAUUAUUUCAUGUAUGGCUGUGAGCAUGUUAGGCAAAUUUGAAAAAUAUUGGAAUGAUGUGCUUGGUAUAAUGGGUGUUGCUACAAUUUUAGAUCCAAGGAUUGUGCAAAUAUGUCGGGAUUUGGUUAAGGAGUAUGAGAAAAAUUUGGCUUUGAAAAAGGAAGAAGGACCUUCUAGUUCAAGCUUUUCAUUUUUAGAUGGUGUUGAAGUCAUACCAAGAAAAGGAGAUUUUGAUAUAUUGAAUUGGUGGAAACUAACUGGGCCUCAAUUUUUGACCUUACAACUUAUUGUUAGAGAUAUAUAUGCCAUACCAGUUUUUACUGUUGCUUCAAAGUCUACUUUUAGUACUGGAGGGAGGUUGGUGAGUGCACAACGUAAUAGACUUCAUCCAUCAACUAUAGAAGCUUUAACAUGUUGUCAAAGUUGGUUAUGGGCUAAAGAAGAAGGGUCAAUUUCAUUAGAAGAAAAUUCUUUUUACGAGGAUGUUGAUGAUAGUGAGAUUGAGGAAAAGAUAACUAGUGUGACCAAAGAAUGGACUCAACUCCACCAACAUGCCGAAGAAUGGACCCAAAAAUUUACUCAAGUUGAAAUAGAGGAGAAAAAGAGAAAAUGGCUAUGUUAUUGGUGUGGGACUAAGUAUACACCUGAACACAAGUGUAUGAAGUCCCAAACCUAUCAGUUGAUUAUUAGUGACUGUGAAUGA